GUGUAAACGCUCUCUCGCGGCUUCCGGCUUCACAGAGCAGCAGCAGCAGCACGAGAGCACACCAUCCUCAUCAUCAUCAUGGCUCCAGGAGGGAGAAUAAACAGACCCAAAACCGAACUGGCCAGGAACCUGUUCAAGAGACGGAGAGUUCUGAGUCUAGAGAAGAGGAAGAAGAGACGCAUCGUAGGAGCCGUGAUCGACAGAGACCUGAUCACCAGAAACCACCUGAAGAAGAGGAGCUCCAGCUCUAGAGCGAACAUCACUCUCUCGGGGAAGAAGCGCAGGAAACUGAUCAAGCAGCUGAAGCACAUGGAGCAAGAGAAAGACGCCGCCGCACAGAAACACACUCCGAAACAGGAGAAACACACACAGAAACAGGAGAAACACACACAGAAACAGAAGCCUGCGCCGGAGACCAUGGAUGUGGAAUAACUGAGUUUCUCAUGAUCGGACUCACGUCAGCCUUUCACUCGC